AUGGCUGAUAGUUUCGAGGUUUCGAUCAUUAUAGGUGGAGCAACGAAAGGCGACAGAGGACGACGAGUUUUGGUUGGGGAUUAUCUCUGUCAACAAGUGCCACUGGGAGCACGAUUGAGCCUGGGACGAAUUUGUCUUGGUUAUCUUUCCAAGUUCGUACCAAUGCACCUCUCCAAGCUCAAGUUCAAGUUGCGGCUCAAGGUCCUAACGCCUCUCGGGAGAGUGAAGCGUCUAGGAAAACCUUGCCCUGCUCCCCUGCUCAGUUUUCCCAGUGAACUACUCCAGGAAAUUGCAUCCUUCCUGUCCAAACGCGACCAGAAAGCCCUGCGUUUCGUAUGCCAUCAGCUGAAUGACGUGCUCCGAGCUACCGUGCUCUCAGCCGUCUUGAUCAAUCUCAUCCUCCCUUUAAGAUACUCCGAUCAAGAUGCCCUCCAAUAUCUCGCCAGCCACACGCCUGCGAGCUAUAUCUAUCGGCUAAGAGUUUGUGUGUGGGGAUCAUAUUCCGAGCAACAUCCCCCGACUCAUUGGCGCGUGGCUGAGGGUGGCAAUUCAGAAACCCACCCACCCUCGGCCCGUCCACGUCUCCAGACGAAGAGCGGCAUAGCAGAAUUUCGCGCGCUACAUAACAGAGCGUUCGCGUCGUUGACCAACUUACGGGCAUUCACGUUGUGUAUCAGCAAUGGUUCUCGCAAAGCACCACCACACCUUUUUGAAGACACUUUUACUUGGCUGAUGAAACGGCCCUCCCUCGACCUUCAUCUGACUCACCCGGAGUUCACCCUUCCGUACUUCUCCCAUUUAUCACAGAUUCGAAAUAUCCGCAAGUUCUCUCUAACUGGCUAUUCCAACAAUUCCACCCCAACAAUCGAGAAGACGCUCGCCCGUGUAUUUGCGAAUAAUCAGUACUUGUCCGACGUCUUUCUGCAUUUGGUUGAUCGGUGGGGCAACAGAAGGACAAGUCUUGCCGUCUCCGGCAUAGAACGCGUGUUUCCAAAGCACGCGACGAGAACUAUACCGCUUCGUCAUCUAUCGCUGAAGAUAUCUAACGUCGAUUUCUACCAUGCCUAUGCCGGAUUCUGGAUGGAGCUCUCCCAACAGGGGAUAUAUAUUCCAUCCAUCACGCCCAGGUGCCACAGUGUGCCCUCCCCAGUCGUUGAUUACCUCGCCUCCAACGAGGGGAUGACCGAGUUAACAUUUGAAGUAGAGACCAAUAGGGAAGACACCUCGAGGCGAGUGUUGAGCGAAGUAGUGCCGCGUCACUCCGGGACUCUGGAGGUUCUCCAGCUGAUAUCGUGUUGGGGCAGCCAUUGGGUUUUUGGCAAUAUCCCUGGAUAUGUAGUGAGUGUGUCCAAAUGUGUAAACCUACGUAUUUUGGGUGUCGUGGUGGAGGGGAAUAAGGACUUCACGGAACCACUUCUGUGUUUGCUCAAGUUCCUUUCAAAUCUUCAAACCUUGCGGCUGGUCCCUCAUACGAAUGAUUUCGGCCCGAUCGUCAAGCGUGUUGAACGCAUACGCGACGACGAGCCCUUAUUGAGGCGCUUGCAGGUCAUUGUAUCCGUUUCUUACCAGAAGCACAUCAAGUUUGUUGCUGAGCGAUCGAAGUGGGAUGUCGACAAUGAGGAGGCUGAUUGGCUACAAGAUGAUCCGUGGUACUUGGGCGUGUAA